UCUUUUUAAACCGAUUCAUCUUGACACAUCUCAUCAUAAAAAAUAUAUUUUUUGAAUUGCAAAAUUAUUUUUUUUGUUUAAUUUUUAUUUAUAUAGAGAUUUUUUUAUCAAACCGUGUAUUGAAAAAGUUCUCUUAUUGGUAGACUAGGCACCUUUCACCCGAAGCCUCAGGCUUCGGCCUGAUAUCAUCAAUAUUCUGUAAAAAAAGUAAUUUUUCUCGCACUAUCCACAUAGUUUCUUGUAUCAAACCCAUAUUAAUCUCAACUUUUCACAACAAAAUUUACACUUCGUGAUGUCUCAGUGGAACAAUACAUAUGAUUACAACAGUCAACAUCAGGCUCCAAAUACAUGGAAUUCUGAUCCUAAUGGUCAAUACGGAAGUCAAGUUUAUUACAAUAGGCAAAUGGAUCCUAGUAGUAAUCAAUAUGUGAGUUUUAAUGAAUUUCUAUCGCAAAUGCAACAGUCUGGAGUUCCUAGUGUCAACACAGCCCAGUAUAGUAAUGUCCACUAUCAGAGUUAUCCACCUAACCAAUAUAAUAAUGUAAAUAGUUAUCAAAACUUACCAACAAAUGUAAAUCCUCAAGCCAAUUUUGGAUAUGGUGCUAGUUCUAGUUAUUCAAACAAUGUUGAAUCUUAUGAAACCAAUAGUCAAGACCAGUAUAUUCCUCCAGUUGAUGGCAAUAUUUAUACCAAUGAUGUGGUGUCCAAAUCAAAAUUAACUCCAACUGCCAUUGAAUUUAUUCCUAAAAAUUCUUCAUUACAAACAGAACAUAAUCUGCCUAAUGAGAUACAGAAUGAACCUUUGGAUAUAGAAAACAGUGGCAGUGGAUCCAGUAGUGGUCAUGCAAAACCAUCAGAUUCUAAAAAUUGGAGAGAACGACCCAAAAAUACAGCACAAAAUAGGUCCUAUUAUACAAAUGGAUAUGAAAAUGGAGGAAGCCAAGAACAUGAUAGCAAUGGGAGUCUUCGUUACGAUAAUAAAAAUCGCAAAUAUGAUAAAAAUAAUAGUCAAAAUCAUACUAGGCCAGAAAGUAGUCAUUAUCCACAAAGUUCUAGAAAUAAUGAUACUAAUGCUUAUAGUAGAAAAAAUAGAAAUGAUAAUUAUAAUAAUGGUGAUUCAAACCGUUAUGAUAAUCGUAGAGAAGGGGGCCAAAGUAAAUCUAAAGGAAUGGGUAGAGAUACAGACCCUAGUCGAACUUUCUAUAACAGUAGCAAAACUAAAGAUAGCCAGGAUGUAAGAAAUGGGAGAGGGGAGCCUUCUGGGAGGCAACGGUGGGCUGGAACUCAACGGCUUAAAGCCAAUGAACGUUACAGCUAUGAAGAUGAACAAUAUGCAAAUUCAUAUCUUCAAAAUAGAGAAGAAAAAGGAAGGAACCAUGUACCAAGUCCAGCAAGAAGUAAAAAAACAGUUAGUAAUAAUGCAGGUUUAAAUAAAGAAAUGACACAACGAGAGCGCCUGACGGAACAACUUGAUAAAGGUACACUAGAGUGCCUGGUUUGCUGUGAAAGAGUAAAACAAUUGGAUCCUGUAUGGUAUUGCACUAAUUGUUACCAUGUUAUGCAUCUUCGGUGUAUUAGAAAAUGGGCUGUUAGCAGUAUGGUUGAGGGCAAAUGGCGUUGUCCCGCUUGUCAAAACACCAGCCAAGACAUACCUACAGAGUAUAGAUGCAUGUGUGGUGCAGUGCGUAAUCCUGAUUACCAGAGAGGUGGCAACACUGCCCAUACUUGUGGUAAAGCCUGCAAAAGACCUAGAAGUUGCCCACAUCCAUGCACUUUGCUUUGCCACCCGGGACCGUGCCCACCCUGCCAAGCUACUAUUGCAAAGAAAUGUGGCUGUGGUGCAGAAUCCCGGUCUGUAUUAUGCAGUAGCAAGUUGCCACAGGAGUGUGGAAGACAGUGUGGUCGCAAACUUAACUGCGGUGUUCAUAGCUGUGCGAAUGAUUGUCACGAGGGACCGUGCGAGGCUUGCGAUUUUAUCGUGGAACAAGUAUGCUACUGCCCAGCCGCUAAAACCCAGUCAGUACCAUGUACGCCAGAAAGUGGUGAUAAGCGUACAUUCUCUUGUGGAUCUGCGUGCGCGCGCGUACUCACUUGCGGCGCGCACGUAUGUCGGGACGAAUGUCAUCCACCACCUUGUAACACAUGCCCACGGAGUGUGGAAAAUGUUAUAACGUGUCCCUGUGGAAACACUAAAUUAAAAGAGGGUGAACGCAAAAAUUGCUCGGACCCAAUACCGCUGUGUGGUAAUAUCUGCGCUAAACCACUCAUUUGUGGACCGGAUAAUGAUAAGCAUUUCUGUAUGCAAAAGUGCCACGAAGGAGUAUGUCCCGAGUGUCCAAACACCACAGUCCUUCAAUGCCGCUGUGGUCACUCGACUGUUGAUGUGCCUUGCAAAGAUCUACCUGGUGCUUAUGACAAUGUGUUCUGUCAGAAGAAAUGUAAUAAGAAAAUGUCGUGUGGGCGCCAUCGCUGCCGCACAGCUUGCUGCGCGUCCUCACACCGCUGCGCUGUGGUUUGUGGGCGAACUUUAUCCUGUCAAUUACAUCGAUGCGAGGACUUUUGUCACACAGGACACUGUGCGCCUUGUCAACGACUUGGCUUUGAAGAACUCCGUUGUGAAUGCGGUCUCGAAGUGAUCCUGCCCCCGAUCCGGUGUGGGGCGAAGCCUCCACCGUGCAGUGCCCCUUGUCGCCGGGAACGGCCUUGCGGACAUCCGCCUCAUCAUUCGUGCCACUCUGCGGACUGUCCACCCUGCGUCGUGCUUACCACCAAGACUUGUUAUGGAAAGCAUGAGGAAAGGAAAACUAUACCGUGUUCCCAAGAGGAGUUCUCUUGCGGUCUGCCCUGUGGAAAGCCGCUACCUUGCGGAAAGCAUACUUGUAUUAAGAUCUGCCACAAGGGACCGUGUGAUACUGAGAAAUGCAACCAGCCGUGUAACGAGAAAAGGUCAUCCUGUGGUCAUCCUUGCUCUGGGCCGUGUCAUGCGACAAAUGGCGGCCCAUGCCCCAGCACUUCGAAUUGCAAGCGAGCUGUUAUCGCCACUUGUCCUUGUGGACGCAGGAAGGCUGAAAGAGCCUGUUGCGAUAACGCUAGAGAUUUUGCCAAGAUUUUAAAUGCCCUGGCUGCGACGAAGAUUCAAGAAGGCGGUAUGGUUGAUCUGUCAGACGCACACCGGCCUAGCGCCAUGUUGAAAACCCUAGAAUGCGAUGACGAAUGCCGUCAAGAAGCCCGUAGCCGUCAACUCGCGCUCGCUCUUCAAAUACGGAACCCGGACGUGUCCGCGAAACUCGCGCCGAGGUACAGCGAUACGUGCAGAGCAAUGGCUGCUAGGGAACCAAGCUUCGCUCAACAUGUGCAUGAAAAACUCACUGAUUUGGUGCAAUUGGCUAAAAAGUCAAAACAAAAAACACGCGCCCACUCAUUCCCGUCAAUGAAUCGUCCGAAACGUCAAUUCAUUCACGAAAUGUGCGAACACUUUGGUUGCGAGAGCGUCGCGUACGACGCGGAGCCCAAUCGCAACGUGGUCGCCACAGCUGAUAAGGAAAAGUCAUGGCUACCAGCGAUGAGCGUGUUGGAAGUAUUAGCUCGUGAAGCUGGUAAACGAAGAGUUCCAGGUCCAAUACUACGCGCUGCGACUAGUAGCGCCGCUUCCGCUCCAGCGGCUACGCCCGCAUCCGCUCCCGCUACUAAAUCUUUUGGUGGUUGGGCGACAUUGACUUCGACCAAUUCGUGGGCAAGUCGAAGUCAACCUUCAACGUCCGCAGUGGUCAAAAAUGCACCACUUAGACAGGAGUCGCGGCCAAAAAUCGACUAUUUUGAUAAUCCACCAGAAGAUUAACAAGACACCAGUGUAUCGUGAAGUUAAAGGUUCGCAUGUAUCCCAGUAAAAAAUAUUUAUAAUAAUUUAAAAAAAUAUAAAUUACUAUUCCCAGUUUUUAGAUCUUUUACUACCAGUACAUGCGUGUAAGACGCACCCUUAAAAUCUUGCCAAGUUUUGGCUCAAUAUAAUCUACACGUAAUUCUUUAAUGUUUUUAAUUGAUUGAUGUCAUGGUAAAACAUUAUUAUAAAAGUCCCAGUUUUAAGGUAUUUUACUACCAGUAAAUGCGCGAACCACGCAUCAUCAAGUUUGUCAGUUUUGGCUCGAAUCAAUACUUAAUUAAUCGAUUCGUUCCUAAUUUAAAGUUCUCUGGGAGUCAUAAAACAAAAGACAACCGACAAGUUCCAUUCGAUUGUGAUUGGUCAAAGGCAGCUUUUGUUCAGAACGCGUACACACGCGACAUGAUAUUACGUCCGUUUGUCCAAUCACAAUCGAACGAUUUCGUAUAUCUGCAUAAGUGUGUUUAACAUUCUUACACUGUUCCCGUACAAUUGUGAGUAAAGUUUUCUUUAAAGUUAAUAUGUUACCUCCCUGUUCAUCCUAUAUUAAUAGCUAUUAAAUGAUUUGUACUUGUGUAUUUGCAAAUCCAUAAACAUUAACUAAUUUAUUUAUAAAUAAAUUUGAAGAUACAAGCGUGAAUGCUUUUGAUGAUGUCAUGACAAUAAUGCCAUCAAACACGAAGUCACUAUUUUUAACGUUGCCUUAUAUUGUAAAUAUGUCAAGGAGUUCCAUGUUCCAAGCAGCUUUAUCAUUAUUAGAAACAAAUGUAUAUCAAUUGUAUUCAAAUAAAAAUCCUGGGACUCCUUAAGUAACAAUGAUUAAUCAUUCACUGCCAUUUUAUAAUGCGAUUCGAUAGUCGAGUAAUUGUUUUAAUUGUAUACAUGAAACAAUUAGCAUGUUUAUAUGUAACGAAGAAUUAAUGUCUAUGUAGGAAUAAUUGCAACAUUAUAAACUUCGUAUUGAAUGAAUUUAAUUAUCACUUUAAGCUCGUUUUAGCUGUUGGCUUUCUAAAUGUGUCCCAGGUUCCAUGUUUCUAGCUUAAUUAAAGGGAUUUACUCUAUGUCCCUUAAAACAACUAAGCUGGUUUUUGUGAAGAGUUACAAAAUUUGGAAAUUAUCUGUAUAUUGUGUUUUUACUUAUUCUUUAUUUAUCUGUAAUAGUAGUAUAUCAGCCAUUAAACGUACCGUAGUUAGAUUUUUGUAUGUUAAUAAAUUGUAUGGUCUUAAAAUACUUUACCACUGAGCAUCUAAAUUUAUUGCAUAAUUAACAAUACCGUGUCGAAUAUGUUUAUCUCUGUCGCACUUGUUUCAGGUUAAUUUAUGAAGACGUUUGUAUGACAG